AUGGUAAUGUCGCGGCGAAUGCUAGAACGCGUUUCUUUGAUUAUCGGCGGCACAGCCUUGGGUAUCUUUUCUACUCUAUACUAUAGACAAACAUCCUCACCUGUGCGGCUUCCAGAAAAGGGAGUUUUAUCACCAGUUCCUACACCAGUUCCUACACCCGUUCCUACAUCCAUUCCUUACGGUUAUCCUGGACCAAUCAAUGAUCAAUUGCCAAGAAAAGCCUACUUUGUGUCUUAUAAUCGGCAACUGCGUCAUCCAGAUUGGGCGUUUGAACAUAUAACUAAAGAUUCUCUCAAACGCAACGAAGGCGUAGAACGUGGUAAAUCCACUUUUCAAGAAGAUUUAGACGUACCCGAAAUAUACCGCGCAAAGUUGAAAGACUAUUUUAAAUCCGGCUAUGAUAGAGGCCAUAUGGUACCAGCGGCCGACGUUAGAACUUCUCAGGAAGCGUUAGACGAAACUUUUUUAUUGACAAACAUGCAAAAAUGA